AUGGAAGCUUCCAAUACCUAUGUGAUAGACGGAGUGGAGAUAACUUCCAAGCCGCCGCGGGCCCGGCGGAAGGGCAACGUCCCCCGCGGACGCCAUGACGAGGUGGAGGAGCCUCCGUCUCCACCGGAAUCUUCUGAGGUUGACAUAGCGUCUGAGGUACAGGAACUUGCAUCCGAGUCGCACGAGUUCGGUUAUCUUGACCACCCAGCUGAUGUGAUCAUCACGGGAUCCGGUAAACACUUUUGCCGUGCGUUGGAGUCUAUCAUUCUGGCGAUGUUUGGCUACAUUACGGACACUUCGUUGGUAGAUGCGCGAAGCCGCCGCAGCAUAUCCGCAGCGGGCAAGUCGCUUAAUCAGCUGCUAUUCCACGUGUUGGUGGAAUGUCUCUACAUGCACAACGGUCACGGUUUCGUGGCCAGGUAUGUGCGCGUUGAAGGCGAAGUCGACGUCCAGCGGCUGCUUCAAGGCGAUGAACCCGCAGAAGUAACAGUUUCGCUGUACGGUGACAUAUACGAUCGGGCAUUGCACACAUGCGGCACUGAAAUCAAGGCCAUCACGUAUCAUGGGCUAAAGACCCAGAUAACAGUGGGCGACCAGGCAGUGACGCUAACCGACGACCCCGCUGAAGGCACAUCUCCUGACGCCUUAUCGCACUUCCUCCGCUGUAUGGGCGUGGAUUCGCUGAAGACAGCGGAGUUUAAGCUGUUCGCUCACGUCGAUAUCUGA